AAGAACAGGGGGGGGAUCCCCAGGAUUUUUUAAGCACCGAAUUACCGGGGUAAAUAGUAACCCAAAUCGCCAGGAAGAGUCGGAGACAAAAGGAUCACAACACCUCGACCCCUAACGUCAAAGGGGAGAAACGGCCACCCUCGCCGGAUGAUGUCAUCGUCCUGUCGGAUAACGAGCCGCCCAGCCCCCCCACCAUGAACGGGCUCAACCACUGUCCCAAGGAGAUGGACACGGAGCGGCUACUGAGGAGCAGUCCUGAGGAGAGGGGGCGUGUCAUUAAGCAGCUGAGGGAGGAGCUGAGGCUGGAGGAGGCGCGGCUGGUUCUGCUGAAGAAGCUCCGUCAGAGCCAGGUGCACAAGGAGCCGCCGGCCCCAAAGACCACUGGGUCAUCCAGCUCUGCGGCCACACCGCCCCCUCUGGUCAGGGGAAGUAUUGCAGCCAACAAGGGGUCACUGCAGGUGGUGUCGGGGCGGAGUUUGGGCGGGGUCAUCCCCCCUCCUCUGGUGCGGGGAGGGCAGCAGACCUCCUCCAAACCCGGGUCCCACAACUCCCACACCGUCAUGCCUCCCCUGGUCAGAGGCGCACAGCCGGUCCAGGUGACCCCCCAGCAGAUCCACUGCAUGAGACAGCAGCCCCAUCAGCACUCCAGCUCGGGGCCGCCCCCCCUGCUGCUGGCCCCCCGCCCCGCGGGCCCCGGGGUGCAGGUCCAGGGCCAGCGGGUGAUCCAGCCCGGCCUCAUCCGCGUGGCCAACGUGGGCAGCACCGGCCUGCUGGUCAACAUCUCCCAGGCUUCGGCAAACUCGCUGAAAGGCUCCAUUGUGACAUCACAGUCCCAGCUGACGGGCGGCAGCGUGUCAUCAGUGAGCGCCAGCGAGUCGCCGGCCAGUCGCCAGGCGGCCGCCAAGCUGGCCCUGCGCAAGCAGCUGGAGAAGACCCUGCUGGAGAUCCCCCCGCCCAAGCCCCCCGCGCCCCAAUUCAACUUCCUGCCCUCCGCCGCCAACAACGAGUUCAUCUACCUGGUGGGCCUGGAGGAGGUGGUGCAGAACCUGCUGGACACGCUGGCUAAGGGUAAGCCCCAGGCCCCGGGCGCCCCGCGGGCCCCGUACACCUGUGCGCAGUGCGAGACGGACUUCACGGCGCGCUGGCGGCCGGAGCGGAGCGGGGCCUCGGUCACGUGCGAGCAGUGCACGUCCUCCGGCCACAAGAGGGCGCUGAAGGCGGAGCACACGGGCCGGCUGAAGGCCGCCUUCGUCAAGGCGCUGCAGCAGGAGCAGGACAUGGAGCGCCUCCUGCUGCAGGCCUCGGCCCCGCCCUCCGGCUCCUCCGGCUCUUCUUCUGUGGUGGUGAAGACGGAGCACGCCCGCUCCAGCCCCGCCUCCCUGCAGGCGCACGGCCGGGCCACGCCCGCCGCACGACAUCACCACUCCGCCAUCAAACAGAGCGGCGCUCAGUUCUCCAGAAGCAUCCAGCCCACGGUGGUGCGGGGCGUGACCCACGCGUUCUCCCAGACUCCUCAGCUCCAAAGCGCCGUGGCGGCCGCGGCACUGGUGACCCGGCCUGGAGUGACCAUGGCGUACGUAAACCCCAGCCUCUCCGCACACAAGAGCUCAUCGGCUGUGGAACGCCAGCGGGAAUACCUGCUGGACAUGAUUCCCUCCCGCUCCAUCUCCCAGGCUGCCAACGCAUGGAAAUAAACCCGCUAACCGCUAAAAAUCACCGCUAAAACUGCUAAAAAUCGCCGUUGCGCUGAAGAGAUCGACACGAUUCUCCACGGCAAACCAGCCCCGAGACAACCAAAACCGCCAACCCUGUCAGUGACGGAAAGAAAAACCAUCUCUCUCUCUCCCUCGUCUGCCCAUCCCUCUUUCUCUUUUAUUUUCUUUCUUUUUCUGUUAGUUUUGGAGGCCUGUCUUUUUUCUUCUUCUGGUUUUCAGUGAGAGGGAUUGUGGGAUUGUUACUGUGUACUGGGGAGGAGAGAAUGGAGGGAGACUAAAUACAAACGAAUGAAAAAAUAAAUAAAAUGAAGGACACAGGAUCUUUCUCUUACCUACUUCCUGUUCACUCCCCAUUGCCUGGUCGCUGGCUCACUGUGAUGAUGUCAUCAACGGUCGCCCAUCUCCCCUCCUCCCUCAAACCAGGGUCUGUAUUCCGCGGGAGCACCCAGCUGUAAGGACGCUGAUGUCACAGUGUGAUCGACCUUCCAUUGACCCCACCCCCCCCCCAGCAAAACCGCAGGAAGGCUGAGCAAAACAAGCAAUGGUUGUCACGGGCAAUGGUCUCGGGAUGCUAGGUUUCUUUAGCAAAGAACAAAACUGUAUAUUAAAAAGGAAUAAUCAAAGAAAAAAUUAACAAAAACAAAAUGACAAUGAACAAACAUGUUCUCUUGUGUUGGGAGACUCAGGUGUGGGACAGCAGUUGUUUUUUUAAUUUUUUUUUGGGGGGGGGGUGUGUUUGGGACUGGACUAAAAAACUGCAGCUGAAGAACAUUACAGAGUCUGCUUUCCAAAUGCGAGCGUAAUAAACCGUUGUGUGGCUCUGUCUCUGCGCAUUUCAGCUGCAGGUUGUGAACAAUCCCCUCUUUCAGAUGGUUGUAUGAACUGGUUUUCACAUGGGCUCGUCAACUCCUUCAUUUUUGUUUGUUUUUUAAUUAUUAUUAUUAUUAUUAUUAUUAAUGUAGUCUUUGGAGUAAGCGUGACAGCUUUUACACAGUAGAUGAGGAAGAGUGCAGCGUCAGGAUUGGGAGUCGGAGGAACUGAGGAAAUCCUGCUGCUUUCAUCACAAACGAGGAACCGAGGAUGGCGGGCUUCACACAGACAUUUACCGGGCGUUUCCUGCGAACCCCAAACGGCCAACAUUUCAGCUGAGCAGGGAGCUUUAUUUCCUAACGUUAGAGUUGGCCAAAGUCAUUUCACGUUUUAAGCCCUUAUCCUCCUUGCUUUAGACGGGUGAGUCCGGACAUGUAAGGGUUGGGGUGAGGGACCGCUCGUUUCAAAGUGUAAAUCACACCGCCUUUUCCUUCCCCAGAGCUCACCUGGACAAUAACGCCUCAAACUGGACCUGUCCUCAUUUAAAUCUGUAUAUCUGAGCCCAGAGGCGGGUAACUCCAGCCCUGGAGGGCCGCAGUGUCUGCAGGUUUAACUCCAGCCCUGGAGGGCGCUGUGUCUGCAGGUUUAACUCCAGCCCUGGAGGGCCGCAGUGUCUGCAGGUUUAACUCCAGCCCUGGAGGGCCGGUGUGUAUGCUGGUUUAACUCCAGUCCUGGAGGGCCACAGUGUCUGCUGGUUUAACUCCAGUCCUGGAGGGCCACAGUGUCUGCAGGUUUAACUCCAGUCCUGGAGGGCCACAGUGUCUGCAGGUUUAACUCCAGUCCUGGAGGGCCACAGUUUCUGCAGGUUUAACUCCAGUCCUGGAGGGCCACAGUGUCUGCAGGUUUAACUCCAGUCCUGGAGGGCCACAGUGUCUGCUGGUUUAACUCCAGUCCUGGAGGGCCACAGUGUCUGCAGGUUUAACUCCAGUCCUGGAGGGCCACAGUGUCUGCAGGUUUAACUCCAGUCCUGGAGGGCCACAGUUUCUGCAGGUUUAACUCCAGUCCUGGAGGGCCACAGUGUCUGCAGGUUUAACUCCAGUCCUGGAGGGCCGCAGUGUCUGCAGGUUUAACUCCAGUCCUGGAGGGCCGCAGUGUCUGUGCACUUAACUCCAGUCCUGGAGGGCCGGUGUGUAUACUGCAGUUACCCUGGCUCAAUCAGCUAAUUAGCCAUAUGCAUUAGCAUAUGCAUUGUGCAUUAGACCACAAUAAAAUGCUACAAGAAGAGAACAUUUAUCAGCUGCUGUUUCUAUCAUGGAAUGUGGCUGUAAAUGACAGAUCAUGUAAAUGAUUGGGCUAAUUAAAUAAUUAAGAGCAGACGUUUGUCUGAAAUCCAGAAACAGAUACGGCCCUCCUUGCCCGUCCCCGUACUAAACCCACCAGUCGUGGGUUUUCUCUCGCUCUGAUUUCUGCGUCGCCUUGGGAAGUUUGAAAGGGGGAAUCUCCAGUAACCGGGUUGUGUUCGGGCCUGUUCGGGCAGAAGGGACUGAAUUGAUGGCCUUCAGAAUGUGAUGUGUGUGAGGCCUGGCGAGGUCGGCCAUUUUGAGCCUCGUUGUGGCGUCUAAACCCAGGGGAAGCUGAGGCAUGGGUCAGAUGGUCUAACCCCAGGGGAAGCUGAGGCAUGGCCUGGGUCAGAUGGUCUAACCCCAGGGGAA